GACACAAACACACACACGCGACACACCGACACCCCUGGGACGGCCGGUGGGGUCCCCGCCGUGCGCCGCUCCCCCCGGGGUCAGCGUGGCCCGAGGUGGCACCGGGCGGGACACGGGGGCACCGGGGGCACACGUGCGGCAGGUGGGUGCGUGCGGGCGGGCCGGUGGCACCGCCGAGGCUCCGCUGAGCCCCCCCCCGCCACCGCGGGGACACCCCUGUCGGCCGGGGCGAUGCUGGGGGGUCCGGAGCGGGGUGGUGCGGGGCGCCUGCGGAUCUGCGAGCGGACCAAGCUGGUGCUGGUGGAGAUCGACACGGUGGCGUGUUGCAGCCCGGGUGGUGCCGGCAUGGCCGCGGGCUGCUGGCCCGAGCCGCCCUGGACCUACCGCCGCAUCGCCGGGGAGUACGCGUACCUGGAGAAACGCUUUGUGGCCGAGCUGGCCCCCCCUUGGCCCCCAGCGCCCUCCAACCCCCCUUGUCGCCUGCAGGACUUCACAGCCCGGCCCCGGGUCCCCCCCACCCCCUGCCCCCCACCGCAGCUUGAGGGGCCGGGGGGCAGCAGCGGACCCUGGGGGGGUCACGCCGUGCCCACCCCUCGGCCCGCGGUGUCGGGGGACAAGCAGGGCCCCCCCACGUACGAGGUGCACAUGCAGCGGGUGCAGGCGGCCCACGGCCGCCGAGGGGGACCCCCCCCUUACAUCGCACCCCCCGCCUAUGACGGUCCCCACCGCACCCUCCAGCUGCGACCCCCGCGGGGACCCCGCAGCCCCCCGGCGGCUCCUCCUCGGGCCCGGGGGGCUGUGCCGGGCGCCUGGAGCCACACUCUGCCCCGGGCGGCCACCGAGGCCAAGCACCGGUGGCCCCGUGCGACGCUGCCGUCCCCAGCAGGGCCUGGCACCGUCCCCCGGCACUGCCAGACGCUGCCACGGGCAGCAGCCGGCCGGGAGCGGGCACCGGGGCGCGGGAGGGGGCAGCGGGGAACGGGGGGCCACGUCCUCAUCGAUGCUACCCGCGUGGUGGUCCGUGCCCAGUACGUGCCACCCCCGCAGCGCCAGCAGGUCCGCUAUGCCAGGGCAUCCCCUCCUCGCAGCCCUUCGGUGCCCGCCGGGGUCGGCAGCGCUUCGGCGGCGCCCUCGCCGCCCCGGGAGCCCCCCGGCAGCCCCCGCAGCCCGUGGCACAGCCCGGGGGGCUGCAGGGGUGCCCGGGGGCGGCCCCCGCCGCGGCGGCCGGUGCUGUACGCGCAGGCACUGCGGGAAGCCGUGUCCCGCAUCCGCCGGCACACGGCGCCCGACUCGGACUCGGACGCCGAGAGCAGCGUGGGGGGGUCCCGGCAGCGCCUCUGCCGAGACCCCCGAGCCUACAGCAGCAGCAGCAGCAGCCUGGAGAGCGCCGGAGCCCCCCCCGGCCCCGCCAGCCCCACCCCGGCCUGAGGGGUGGGGCUUGGCGGGGUGUGGCACUGUUAGGGCGGGGCUUGGCGGGGUGUGGUUCUCAGGCGCUCAGGGCUGGAGUUCCCACGGGCUGAC